AUGGCUGAAGUCAAGCUUGAAGACGGCGAAUGCCGCAGUAACCUCAUGCGGGCUCAAUGGCUGAGAGCAGCAAUCCUCGGGGCAAACGACGGCCUCCUCUCCACCACCUCCCUCAUGCUAGGCGUCGGCACUGCAAAGGAGGACCGCAGCCUCAUGAUCCUAUCAGGGGUUGCCGGAGCUGUUGCUGGUGCUUGCAGCAUGGCGGUAGGGGAGUUCGUCUCCGUCUCCACCCAAAGGGACAUUGAAGAUACAAAUAUGAACAAGUUAAGUGUAGAAUGUGAAGAUGUGAAGAUUCAAGAAUCCAUCAAACAUCCGCUCUUACCGGGGCUGCCUAAUCCGUAUAAGGCCGCUGGAGCGUCUGCUCUGGCGUUCUUGUGCGGUUCGCUUGUCCCUAUAGUGUCAGCAUUGGUAUUUUCUCGACACGGGAUUAGGUACAUCGCUAUGGUAGUUGUGACCUCUUUGGCUCUACUCCUUUUCGGUGGGGUUGGGGCUCGGUUGGGCGGCUCUCCAGUUCGGAUAUCCGCCCUAAGAGUUCUAGUUGGAGGUUGGAUUUCCAUGGCCCUCACCUAUGGCUUGCUCAUGCUUUUGGAUAAAGACCGUCACUAA